UUAUCAUUAUGUUACCUCUACAACAUUUAUUAACCUUGUUGCUGGUGUGUAACAUUUAUGCUGCAUUGCCAGUGGAUGGUCAAAAGAUUAAAAGAGCCCCAAAAUGGAAACCCAAUUCUAGACCAUACAAUGGAGAUAAAAAGAUUGCCACAACAUCAGGAAGUGACAUUAGAAUGAGCUGUCCAGCAUACGGGUAUCCUAAACCAAUAGUAAUAUGGUACAAAGAGGAUAGCCUGUUUGGUGCUAGCCAGAGGCCAAAGACAAAGAUCAGACGCUUUUCCCUGGAUUUUAAUGAUGUACAGACAUCAGACAGUGGGAAAUACAAAUGUGUGGUCCAAAAUUCAGAGGGCAGCCUAGAAUUCACGUUCUUUGUGGAUGUUAAACCAAUCCCGUGGCCACUAGAGUUGGAGGAGCCACUGAAUGCCACAGUGAUGGAGGGAGAGAGGGUGGUGUUCCGAUGCCGCGCCUUGAAUGACCCAGAUGCCACCACUGAGUGGAUGAAGCGGGACACUGACGGUGAUUCUGCAAGUGGAUUCGAUACAAAUAAUUUUCUAAGCAGUGGACCAGAAAUGGUUAUUGAAAAUGCUAGGACAGAAGACGCUGGAAAAUACACAUGUCUGGUAGGGAAUUUGUUUGGGAUAAAGUACGCUAAUGUCUGGCUGACAGUUAGGCAUACCACCACCACAUCAUCAGCUUCUACAAACCCCACUAACAAAAAAUCAAAAACUACCACCUUAACAACUACAGAGCAACCAACAACUUCAAGUCCUGUGAUAUCAUAUUCAUUUUUAACAGGAAAUUUCACCAAAAAGAAUCAGACCGACAGAAACACUUCUCUCGCCUGCCAGAGUCUUCUAAAGAUCAAUGAGGAAAAAGUUAAUCUGCAGAAAAGGACAGUGGACAUUCUGGAGGAAAUGCUUAUUAUACAAAAACAGAAAUUGACACUUUUGCAAAAAUCGCUUACAUGCUAAUCCACAUACUUUUCUAUACUUCAUUAUCUUUUUAUGUACAUAAAUUUGUAGAGAAAGUGACGCAGCUUGAAGUGUAAUAACCCUCUACUCUAAAUUUCACCAUUUUCUUAAUUCCCAACAUUGGCUUUCAUCAACAACAAUAGCGUUAGAUUCAAAUGGAAAAUGAAUUGAUGUAUGAAGCUUUGCUUACUUUUUCAGAAAUGAAUAUUAUGUCUAAUCAUGAUAUGAAGAAAAUUUGAGACAGUGAAUAGGAAGAUCAAUAAUUUACAUGUAUUAUCUCAACAUAAAAUUAAAAAUAUGAGAUAUAAAGGAAAAUAAUAUUUAGUGUCAUACAUAUUAAAUUCAUAUUGUAAACAUAA